CAACUUUUCUACUAGACGUUCUAUGAGAAACCGUAAAUGUCCAGCUAAAUUUGAUAACAGUGACAAUGAAAGUGGUGAUGCCUCUGACAGCAAUUUGGAAAAAGUCAGUUCUGACAAGGAAACAUCUGAUAGAAGUGAAUUUGAAGACAGUGAAAGUGAAUGCAAUGCUGAUGGGGAGGGGCAAGAAGAGGAAAUGUCAGGUGAAGAUUCAGAGUCUGAAGAACAAAGUGAAAAAGAGCAGAAUGAUACUGAAGAGGUUUCUGAGGCAGUUGAUUCAGUGGGAAAUGUUCCUGAAGGCUUAGCUCCAGUCAUCAUUCAUAGCAGUAGCAAAAAACUACUGCAGUGUCCCAAGUGUGACAAAAAAUUUGAUCGAAUAGAGAGUGAAGAUCAGAAUUUCUGAAUGGUCUCACAGAUCCAGUAUGCUGCUAAUUUUUCUACAUGUAUUAAGUUGUUAUGUCUGUGGUGAUAAAACAGUUUCAAUAAAUGGAGUGCAUUAUUGGAAAAUUCUACAAAUAGUAAAUUUAUUUCUUACUGCUGUGGAUUCUAGUUGUUAGCAUGGUAUGUAAAAGCAGCCUUGAAAAAUGAGGAAAAUACAGCAAGAUGUUAAACAGUAAAUUGCAUGAAGUCUGAGACCUGUACUGUAUUUUCUGCCAAAUUAAUUUUAAGUAACAAAGCUGUCAUUACUGCUGUAGUAAAACAGCACCAUUG